AUGUCCAUUGAAAGCUUUUUAUUUACUUAUUUUCAUUGUUUAAUUAUGGGACAAACUAUUAUAAAUUUUAUUAUGGAAAACCAAAUAAGACUUUGCGAAUGAACACCUAUUAGCCUUCCAGGUCAGUUUGGUAACUUUCAGUGGAUCUCUAAAGCAGAGCCACGACAAAGUUCGUUUUAUCUUGCAAUCGGAGCUGCUUAUUUUGGUUGUAUAUUGAGAUUAAGAAAUGAAGAAAGCCUAUUAAAAUACACAUUUGAAGCUUUCGCUAAAUACACUAAAUUAUCUGAACAAUAUAUCUAUUUAAACCCUGAACUUCAUUCCAGAUAUCGAGAAAUGGUAAGCAUACUACUUAAUGAAAGAUCUAAGUUAAGCUUAUCAUGAUUAAAAAGCUAUAUGGAAAACAACGAUUACAGAGGAGCAGAAGCUAUGGAGUUCGGGAUGAGAUGUUUGUUUGCUACUUGCAUGAAGUUUUGGAAAAGUGAACAAGAGUCCAUUGUAAGAAACGAUGAGUUUGUUAUAUCUGAUAAAGCUUUUUAUUUAACUCAUUUUGCAAAUUUUAUGAAAGUUCACAUAUUAUUAAUAAAAAGAGAAGAGCAUGAUUAUUUUGAAAGGCUUAAUGGCAAAAGUGGCCCUCUCCUGUGCUUAUUUUAUGAGGAUGGGUAUUACUCAGUUAUUUAUCAUGCUGAAAUGAUUAUUCAUCAAGAUGAACAACGCUCCAGGCUACUUAAUCUAUCAAGAUUUCCGUUUUAUCAUUGCCCACAUUUUGCAAGUAAAAUAGAUGUAAUAUAUGGAAAUCCUGAAAUAAUAAACCAAACUGGAAAUUCUGGAAUAAUAAACCAAACUGAAAGCACUCAUAAUGACGGCACAAGGGAAACAUCUCCUUACUAA